AAACUUACUCUUCAUAGUUAAUAAUUUCUUUUAUUUUUUAUCAAUAUAGUGUCUUGUGUUUGUCAUCAUUAGCAUUGUUUUGAAGUGAUAUUAAUACUUAAUAAAAUAUUAUUUUUAAUGCCACAUCAUUGUGGAUAUUCAUCGCCAUGUUAACAUGAAUAUUGGUAUUUAUUGUCAUAUUAGCGCCAUACCAACGCUAAGCUAGCAUGGGUGUUGGUAUUUAAUGCCGCAUCACUCUCUUAACUGACAAUUUCGAUUAUGCUUUGCUAAUGGAGUAUGAUACAAAGUAACAGUUUGAUAAAAUUUGAACUGCAAUUUUUUAUGAGUCAAAUUAUGAAAUACAUAAUUUUUUUUUUUUUUUACUUUUCCCUAAAAACAAUUUUAGCUAAUAUUAUUCAUCCAGCAUAUGUUUUGUAAGUAUUGAUUUGGGGCAUGUGGCCAUGUGCAAGUGUAGGACUUUUACUAGUACAACUAAUAAAUGCCAAAGCCCCUCUAAUCUGAUACUCAGAAAUCAGAGUGCAGAAUCUUGCGUAUAUAAGCCUAUACAGGCUAAACAGUUUCAUCCAAUAAAUCUCUUCCAAGUGAGAAAACUCAUGUGCUUGCACGUGAGUACAACUCCUCAAAGUAUUCUAGCAUUCCCUCAUUUCAAUAUCCAUGAUGUGGCCAGAUCCCAUUGGUUGAUUAUCUUAAGCUGCGGUGGCUUCCACAGGAGAUGUAAAGCGGCCACUCACCUACACUUUACCUACCAUUUAAGCUUGGGCGGUACUUCACUUCACCCAUUGAAUUGAUUAGAAACUUUGAUGCUAAAAAACACAACUAAAUAACGUCAACAAAUCAUCAUCUCCAUUCUCCAAUGAAACAAAGCCAAAGCCAGAAAAGCCAAAGAUCCACCAAAGAAUAAAGCAGGAGAAGAUAAGGAGAGAGAGAGAGAGAGAGAGAGAGAGAGAGAGAUCAACUUCCUGUCUCCUUUGCUUCCUUUCUUUUCUAUUACUACUUGCCUUCUCAUCUCUGCCUCUCUGGACCCAAAAAUUUAGUGUAAAUAUUGAGGCAAGUGAACUAUUGCAAAAUUUACAUACAAUUUUAUUACCAAGAUUCAACAACAUGGGUUCUGUUGGGAACCAGAAUCCUUGGGCAACCUAUGAUACCUAUAAAGAUUGUUCCCAGCAAAUUUGCAGCAUUUAUUGUCCACAAUGGUGCUAUAUAAUUUUCCCUCCCCCUCCUCCCUUUAACCUUGGAGAUGAUGAUUCUGGAACUGAUUUUUCUCCUCUCAUUAUAGCUGUAAUUGGUAUCUUGGCAAGUGCUUUCAUCCUGGUGAGUUACUAUACUAUCAUUUCCAAGUAUUGCAGGCGAGGAGGCCAUGGUGAUAAUAGCUUGGAAUUGGGUGAAAAUCAUGACCAAAUCACUAAUGAAGCCUGGCAGGGUUCUGCAGCUGGAUUGGAUGAGUCUCUCAUCAAGUCAAUUACUGUAUGCAAAUACAAGAAAGGUGAUGGGUUCGUUGAAAGCUCAGAUUGCUCUGUUUGUUUAAGUGAAUUUCAAGAAAAUGAGAACUUAAGGUUUUUGCCUAAGUGUAACCACGCAUUUCAUCUCCCUUGUAUUGAUCCUUGGCUCAAGUCUCAUGCUAGUUGUCCCCUCUGCCGUGCCAAUAUUGCACCCACCAACAUCCUACCUAGCCAACCACCACCACCACAAGGUCCACCACCGCCAAUUCAAGAAACUCCGCCAAGCACUGUCGUGUCUGCCCUUGAAUACCAACACAGGAUUAAUGAUGCUGUUCUAGUGGUUCAAGAUUUACAAGGGAAUGUUCCUGAAGAAACUGUGGUUAGUCUUGUUGUUUGUGGUGAUAACAUCCUACCAAAGCCUACAAUUCAAGAUCUUGGAUUAAGCACCCAGAAUAUGGAACAAGAAACAGAAAACAUUAAUGAAAUCAGAGAGGAAGCCAUCCAACCAAUAAGAAGGUCAGUUUCUUUGAAUUCUUCUCUGUGGCAUACUCAAGUUUCUAUUGCUGAUAUACUACGCUUGAGCGAGGAUGAAAAUGGUGAUGAUGGUUACAAAAUGAGAGAUACAGAGAAGAAUAGAAUUGAGAUUUUGAAUUUCGUUAGAAGUCCUCUUGCAAUUAGGAGAUCAACUUCAACAGGGAGAUUCAUAUUCACAAGGUAUGAGAAAGGCAGGAGUUCUAUGAUUCCUAAUUGAUCAGAAUAUUUUUUUUCUUUUUUUUUUUUCCAUCGCUGAUCUGAUGUACAAAACCAUUAUUUUCUUUUUUUUUCUUGUGUAGCAUAAAAAGCACACCAUAUAGAGAACUAGAGAUCUUGCAUAUUAAAUCUGACAGUGGAGAUGAUGAGGCCUGAACUUGUUCUUCAAUAUGUUAAAACCUUAGAAUUGGAUAAAUCGGAGGAGUUAGUACUUGAAAUUUAGGCAUUGUAAUCGAGAUGUCAAUUUAAAAAUAUAAUAUAAA